AAUUACUCAUGCUAUUACAAAUACCAGACUUUGCAGGCACGGCUUUUCUUUUUAUCCUAAAAAUAAAUCUAGGAAUAAUCGUAGCUGAAGGGGAAGUUUGGCGUGAUCACCGGAAGUUCACCCAUUCUGUUUUCCGUGAGCUUGGCGUAGGGAAGAAGAGCUACGAAGACACUAUCAGGACUGAGAUGGAUCAACUGAUUAGGGCCAUCGAGGAAAAGAGAGGGUCAUCAUUUAAUCCAAAUAUUCUCCUCGGGAAGGCUGUUUUCAACGUCAUCUGUACGAUCAUGUUUGGAACACAGUAUACGUACGACGAUUAUGACUUUCUGAAGGUACUAAACUUCAUGAAUGUCUUCUCGCGCAACUUAGGCGGAGGAGGUUCAAUAUUGUAUCUCCCCAUCCCUGGAUUGGCAAAGGUUCCAUUCGGAGUCCCUAAACUGAUGUCCAAGAUCAUCUCCGAGUUCAACGACUUCGCCCAAGCCCAGAUAGAAGCCCAUGAGAGGACCAUUGAUCCUGAUAAUCCGAGAGACUACAUUGACCGUUAUAUCAUUAGAAUGGCUCAAAAGAAGGGUACUGACUCGACCUUGGACCAGACUAAUCUCAGAAAGUCUAUCAUGGACCUUUUCUUCGCUGGUUCGGAUACCACUUCGACCACUCUGACGUGGGCCAUCCUAUUCAUGAUCGCCUAUCCUGAAGUGCAGUCACGUGUCCAGGCCGAGCUCGAUCAGGUGAUCGGCAGGGACCGAAAUGCGAAGUUGGACGACCGCCCAAAUCUACCGUAUACCAAUGCCGUACUGAUGGAGAUCCAACGGAAAGGGGCAAUAGUGCCACUUGGUUUGCCCCACAUAGCAGCUGCUGACGUCACUCUGGAUGGCUAUACAAUUCCAAAGGGCGCCAUCAUCAUGGCUAACCUUUGGAAGGUCUUUAACGAUGGCAAUCUUUGGAAGAACCCUGACGCUUUCAAACCUGAGAGGUUUCUAAACCAAGCAGGAGAACUGAUCAAGAAAGACGAGCUCAUCUUCUUCAGUACUGGUCGUCGUGAAUGUCCAGGGAAGCAGUUAGCCAGGGUUGAGGUUUUUCUUGCAUUUACUACUCUUCUCCAUCGAUUCACCAUGACGAAGCCCCCUAACUCACCCCCACUGUCAUUUAAAGGGAUACUUGGUAUUGCCAGGAGUGCCUCUCCAUUCGAAAUAUGUGCAGUCCCACGAGACUAAUAGGGAUUUUUCGUACUCCAACAA